AUGUCGGAACGAGACAUUGCUUUUCUCUGUUCACAAACAGGUUUUACUCCCGAUGAAAUUACACGUUGGCACAAGAAAUUCUUUCAUGACAAUCCAGAUGGUCGAUUGGACCGUAAUGAAUUUCGCAAAUUCUAUCCAUUACUACGUAAUGAAACACCUGAACGAUUAAGUGACAUCUGCGAUCAUAUAUUUCGUGCAUUUGAUGUUGAUGGAAAUGGUUAUGUAGAAUUUGGAGAAUUCCUCUUAGGUUUUGCGAUAUCUUCACGUGGUGAUCUUCGUUCUCGUUUAAAUUAUGCGUUUGAAUGCUAUGAUAUUGAUUCGAACGGAUACUUAACUGAAGACGAAAUCGAACCAGUUAUUCGAGCGAUGUAUACAUUACUAGGCAUUAAACACGUCGAAGACUAUCCACCGGAGAAAUUUGCUAAGGAUCUUAUGCAAAAGCUCGACGUGUCACAUAAUGGACGUGUAACAAAAGAUGAAUUUAUUCAUUUUCUCAUGAAAGAUGGACUCUACAGAAAUACAGUGAAUCCAUUUCAAUAG